GCGCAACAGCUCUCCAAUUCGGCCAAUUUGAACUUCGACUCGAGCGGCUCUGGAGUCAAGACAGACCAAACCACCAUCGCGUACCAAUAUCUGGCCUCACUGGCCGACUAUGGAUGCUUCACCCUUGAUCAAAGCACACGAUCAUGCUCGGGCUGCCGCAGAGGCUACUCGUGGUGCAGAGAGCACUGUCGCCAUCAGCGAGCACGCCCAGGCUGCCGGCGAGUUCUCGAAUGCUGCGAGGAGCACCAGCAGCGUCGAGGCCUUGAGGACGCUACAACUACUGGAACAGCACCACAGAAAGCUGUCCGAGCUUCUCAAAUUCCCUGCCGAGCACGGAAGCCAGCAAUCCUCGGGCGAACAAGAGGCGGCCGACGGUGAGGAAAAGGAAACCACGCCUACAGACAGCUCGUCCAGUCCAGAGGAGUCAGCGAAGUCCGACUUGGCUUCCGGCGGCCCUCCUGCCUCCACACCGAAGCCUUUGCCAACCUUAUCCCACCCGCCCAGACAUCCAGCACGGGAACUCUCUUCCUCCAUCGCUAGCAACCUUGCCACGGCCAGGGGAAUAAAGUCUAGGUAUCGGGGCCAUCCGUUGAUACCAAGUGUCUCAAGCGACCAGGCGCCGGGUAGCUUGGAGGUUCACCCGCGAGCAGAUAGCCCCACCAAGUCGAAGUCGAGAAACAAGACUCAGAGUAGGCUUGAUCAGUCGGGCAAGCCGAGCUGGGUCCCUCCAAAUUCUGCCGCAGCCCAGAAUGUCGGAGCACAAGCAGCUACCAAUGUUUCGAAAGCAGAAGUAGCCGAGGCCGGCCAGAGCGAUGAGGGCUUCUCGCGAUUCUACAGCACGUUUGGCAGUAUCAUUAACCGUCUCUCUGCACCUCUAGCGUUUGCGGGGCUCCCCCUGAUUGCGGAGGAACCGGCACCCAAGCCAGACCCACCGCCCGCCCCCGAGCAACCGGCUGCCAGGAGGCACCGGUCGAGGACUUCCCACACAACGGGCACAGAACCAGACCUGACCAAGAUAUACUCCAAGGCUACUCUUCGGGCAUUGAAAGGAGAGGGCCACUCGACAAACGACUCGUUCUACGUCGUUCCGACCAGCGGGCACACGGUGUCGUACGCCAACAUUCUCAGCUUCGACCACAAGGAAAAGCGGCGCAUGGCUGCCUCCAGUUACCGAGACGAUGCCCAGGACUUUGACGACGUCGACGAAGACGACUUUGUCGACGCGGCGGAGUCGCCUGCUCCCAUCUCGCCGGGGCUGAGGAAGCGCGUCGGCAAGAACCAGUCGGGCAAGGAGAUGCAGAACGCCGUCGAGGAGCUGUACCUAGAAAACACGAGCCUGAAGGAGAUGCUGGACAAGCUCAGCAAGCGCCUCCACGCCUUCGAGCUCAACUCGCAGAGCUCCCACCUAGCGCUGGCGCAAAGCCUCCGCCUCCAGAGACCCGGGUCGCCUAUGUCCUCUAGCGGCGGAGGAGGAGGAGGGGGCAGUGGCAGCGGCAAUGGUAGUGGUAGUAGUAGUAAACCGGACGCGGCCGAGGAUGCCCUGAGGAAGAGAAACCGCGAGCUAGAGGAGCAGCUAGCCGCGACGAUGAAGCGGAUGGAUGAGCUCGAGUGGGAGUAUACCAAGGUGCAACAAACGGUGGACAAGUACCGUGACCGGUGGGAGAAACUGAAGGCCGGUGCCAAGGCUCGGAGUCGGGCCCAGGGGGCUGUAGACAAUGGGGAGACGUCCAAGCCGAGCCGAUGAAAUAAAGCACCUGAACUUGGGGUUUAUUCCUCUCGGGAAGCUAGGCGGCCGAGAUUCUACCAUGAAAGGUGGGCGCUGCGAAACUCCGUCUGCCCCCCGGCGACUGGCAUUUGCCUGGCAGUUGGGUAAAAUAUGGGCGGGCACUGGAGAGAGGCACAGCCCCAUCGCUGUCAUUAUCUGUAUGUGUAUGCAUUUC